CAAAAUCCAUUUCCUGUACGUAUUACGUUGUUAGCGGAAGUAAACAAAGAGCACGUCGCGGUUCAGCACAGUACCUGACAUGCGUGAGAUGAUGUGUUUAUUGUCCUUGUUAAAUAUCCUGUAAUUUUGUUUGGCAUAGUAUAGAUUAUUACAUUGUCAUUAUCUAAUUUGUGGAGUCUAACGUGUUUGUUAUACUCGAUAAAUACAUAAUUUGUUAAUUCUUUAGCUUGCUGAAUAUGUAGCUUUAGCAUGGCUAGCAGAGUAGCAGUAGUUUUUUGAAAUCUAUUUCAGUCUCUUAAAUCUUUCUGGACAAGCAUAGAGAUUAACAUUUGGAGGACAACACUACAGUUUCGAUCUCGAAAACAUAUAAACUAGCAAAACCAUUUAAAAAAGGCGGUCUAUAUUCGUUUAAGCAUCAGAAAUGAACGGGCAAGCUGAAGUAGAGGUGGAUUACAAGAGAAAAUACAAAAAUCUCAAACGCAAAUUAAAGUUUCUGGUAUAUGAGCAAGAAUGUUUUCAGGAGGAGCUGAGAAGAGCUCAGAGGAAACUAUUAAAAGUUUCUAGAGACAAAAGUUUUCUGUUGGACAGACUGUUGCAGUAUGAAAGGGUGGAUGAAGAGUCUUCUGACUCUGAUGCAACAGUUUCCUCAGACAGUGAUGGAGAAGGAGCCAGAGAGAGAGAGAGAGAAGCAGGGAAAAAAAGGAGGAGUCCUGGAAUUCCUCCUGUCCCUUCGUCUUCAUCUCCUCAUCUCUCACUCCUGUCCCGCUCUGGUGCGGUUCCUCUCCAGUCAUCUGCUCCGGCACAGUACCUCAACACUUUACCCUUCCCUCCUGAGUAUUUGGCUCCCUCUGCUGAGCGAGUGAAGAAAGAGAGAAAAACAAAACUGGCCAAACACAGGAAAGACGGUUCAGGGAAGGUGGUUGGCCCACUCACGUCCAGUUACCCUGCAGGCAGUGGUGCAGCUGGGGGUGCGAGUGGGCCGUUCAGCUGGGUCCCACAGCAGAUGUUGAGUGAGGAUGCAGCCGAGGAAGAGGGGGAUAGUGAAGGAGAGAGUGACCGAGGAGAGGAGGAGAGAGGAGAAGGUGACGAGGCAGAGCUGGUUAUUGACAUACCCAAUGAGUGAAGGUGCUAAAGAAGCUUCAAGCAAAACAAUUGUUUUUCAACAUCAUUUUUACUAUCUUCUGUUAUUUAGUUUUUAUUAUUAAAUAUUUAAAAUCCUC